AAGAAAACCGCACAAGGAUGUAAAGUGUUUGGUACAUAUCCAAGCAUUUGCAUACUUCUUUUGUGGAUUGAAGUUACAGAAAGUAAAUAGAUUAGGUUUUACUUUAAGAGAUUUACAUAUUACUUUGACCGUGUUGUCAUCUUUACAAGCAGAGGGAUCCGGCUCAUGAAGCAGAUGUAAAGAUGUCUGUCGAGUACCAGGCCUCUACAAUGACCAACAUGGACAUAGACAACAGUAAAGUUGGCUAUAAGCAACUUUUAGACGAUGGCAGCAAGCUCCGGUAUUCAGUAUAUGCACUGAGGAACAGCCCCUUCAGAGCUGCUACUGUUGGUCUUGGGCUGCUGUGUGUGCUCCUGUUGGCCGUGGUCAUAGGUCAGAGUGUCCACUACCAGAAAGUCGGACAAGACCAUCAGAACAACCUUAAAGCCAUGACUAAUGAGAAAGAGAAACUACAGGACGAUCUGAAGACAGAAAAAAAGCUUAAAAAAGAGCUUGAGACCUCCCGCAAUCAGUUACAGAAAACAAACGAUUACUUAUCUAAAAGACGAGACCAAUUACAGACCAACAACAAUAUACUGACCCAAGAACAGCAACAACUGAAAUCUAGCCAAAGUCAGUUGCAGGCCAGUAACGCUGCUAUCACCAAAGAGAAAGAACAGCUAAAAGCCAGUAAAGACCAGUUACAGAGUAGUUUCACUGCCUUGUCGACAGCCAAAGCCUCAUUACAAAAACAAUACGAUUUAGUGCUAAAGCGCAAAAAUGAGGUACAGGCCAGUUUUGAGACGGUGACCAAAGAGAGGGACAAUUUACAGAACAAAUUCAAUAAUGUAAGCAGAUCAAAAGACCAACUGCAGCUGAGUUACAAUGACUUGAUAAAGCGUGUCGAGCAUUUGCAGGACAGAUACAACUUCUCCACCAGCGAGAAAGACAAGCUUGCUAGCAGUCACCAAAACCUGACAAUAUCAAAAGAAACUCUGCAGGCCACUUAUGACCUACUUGUAAAGGAGACAGAUAAGUUGCGGGCUACGUAUGCAUCCUUGGUUCAGGAAAAAGAAGAGCUUGAAAGCGAUUGCAAAAAUGCAACUGUGGAUAGAGACCUGCUGAAGGUGAACAAUUACAACCUGACUACUGAGAGAGAUCAGCUGAAGGCGGAGAUUGAGAGACUGAAGGGACUGGUUCCAGCUCGGAAGUGCCCCACCGGCUGGAAGAGGUUUGAGCAGAGCUGCUACUUCACUUCUGUUAGCAAGAAAAGCUGGAGUCAGGGCAGGAGCUACUGUCAAAGCAAUGGUGCAGACCUGGCGAUCAUAAAAAGCCAAGAUGAAAUGCUAUUCAUCAACGGCUUGUAUUCAACUGACAAAGAAGUCUGGAUUGGACUGACUGAUGAAGGAAUAGAAGGGCAGUGGAAAUGGGUAGAUGGGACAACACUGACCACAGCGUUCUGGGAUAAAGGCCAACCUAACAGCUAUGAUGGGAGGAACCAAGACUGCGUGGAAUUCUGGCACCGUGCAACAGGAACAGGCGCCUGGAACGAUGAGAACUGUGAUCUAGAGCAAAAUUUUAUCUGUGAGAUGUAGUUUUACUGUACAGAGAGGUCUAGCGGUUUGGUUAGCCAUGUUGCCAGCUGUCUGGUGCUGAUGAUAAUCAUGUAGUGUAGUACUAAAAAUGCAGAUAGGGACUGUUGACCGCAAAUUAGAAAUAAUCAAAAUAUCAGACACAGUUUGCUUAGAAAUCAAUAUUAUGUGACCAAUGUACACUCAGUGGCACACAGCACUGCUAACAGCUAAAGCCUGAAAUGUACUGAUUGUGAUAAGUAUGGUUUUGUGAAGUGAAAUUUAGCAGAUGGCAUGUCUUGGUGAUAUGGAACCAGCUUGGUGCAAAGGGCACUGAGAUUCUCAUAGGUGCACAUGCUGUAGAAAGAGUAACGUUAGUGGUUUAAGUCAUUUAUGGAGUGUGAGCUUGCUUUAAAAUGAGUCCUCUGGCACCAAGCCCUGCUCUGCCAAUAGUUUAAUAAUGCUGGCUAUUUUGCAUUCAGUUGUUUCGUCAGUUAGUUGGCUUGUUCUGUGACUAGGGGCCUGUUUGAGAAAGCAUGCUAAACAAACUCGGAAUCUAACCCUGAACUCUGAGUUGAUGAACACUGAGAUGGAAAACUUGUGCUUUUGGUUCCAGAAUAGCUGAUCAGAGUCAGUUUAGUCAACUCUCAGUAUGUUCACUCUGAGUUAAGUUUGUGAGUGUUGAAUGAAAAAAACCAUCAUCAGUGGCGCUCCGAUACUACAGUUCACCAUAGCAAUAGGUAAAUAAAAGGCAGAGCCGCUAUUUUAAUCCAGUGGACAUAAAGGUUUUAA